UGAUAUUUGUUGCAGGGCGCGUGCUGCUUUGGCGCCAUAUACGCCGCUGGCUGCGAACCUUCUUGCAUUGAUACAGCGUCCUAUGGAAGCAAGAAAUGUCUACCACUUGGCAGCAUGGUUGAAGACCCUUUGAACUGCACGCAGUUCUACUUCUGCCUGUCUAACUGUGCUGUUACGGAACAUCCAUUGCCUUGCGAAGCAGGUUCCUUUAAUCCUGUUACGCACGCCUGCGACCCUGCAGUGACGUCCUGCACAGCCUCCUGCGACACAGGCAGCUGCCACCUCACCUGCAACGGGACGAUGGACAUGAUUAGCGACCCACUCGAUUGCGGCCAGUAUUUCAUUUGCUUCCCGCACGGCAUCGAAGGGCCCUUCUCUUGCCCAAGCAAUGCGCCCUUUUUCAACGGAGAUACCUGUGUGGUUGAGAACAGCGAGUGCUGCGUUGGAAGCUGCUUGCCUUUUUGCCCAAGUGCAGGCGUACAAAUUCCUGAUCCCUUCGACUGUAGGAAGUAUUACAUUUGCGUUAAAGGGGGGGAACUAGCAUCGGAAGAUUUUCAUUUCACUUGCAACUCUGGCAAUUUCGACAUAGCUCAGGGGCUUUGUUCAGACAGUGCAGAAUGUAAAGUUUUAUGUCCCCGGUGAAGUCAUAACCGGUAGCACUGCCGUUUCCUCUGCCGCGUCAGUCACGCCGACCGGCGAGUGUCAAGACUCUAUCACCUGCACUGCAGUUGGCAAUGUCGCCAAGUGCAUCACAUGCCAGCCGGAAUAU